GCUUGGCCGAGAUCUCCCCACUACCCCGCAGCGUCUUUAAAACCAGGACCUGCUUGUUUGAUUGUUUCAUCGAUCGUCAAUGCAAGUUUGUCCAUUCGCAUUGGUCUGAAUACUGUAGCUACUAGCGCGAGUGCCACUGUGCCGCAGCUGCCUGCUCGCCAUUACUGCAAGCUGUGUUCAAUCAAAGCUUAAUUAGGCUCCCUCUACAUCUGAUCCAGCUAAGUAGCUAGCCAGCACUACAGAAGGGCGUGGCAAGAAUCAGGAGAGAGAUAGCAGGGGGGCUAGCUAGCUGAGCUCGUGCGACGAAGAAUGGCCGGAAUUGGCAGGAACAUGGUGGCGCCGCUCCUGGUGCUCAACCUCAUCAUGUACAUCAUCGUCAUCGGCUUCGCGAGCUGGAACCUGAACCACUUCAUCAACGGGCAGACCAACUACCCCGGCGUGGCCGGCAACGGCGCGACGUUCUACUUCCUGGUGUUCGCCAUCCUGGCCGGCGUGGUGGGCGCGGCGUCCAAGCUGGCGGGCGUGCACCACGUGCGCGCCUGGCGCCACGACAGCCUGGCCACCAACGCCGCGUCGUCGCUCAUCGCCUGGGCCAUCACGGCGCUCGCCUUCGGGCUGGCCUGCAAGGAGAUCCACAUCGGCGGACACCGCGGCUGGCGCCUGCGCGUGCUGGAGGCCUUCGUCAUCAUCCUCGCCUUCACGCAGCUCCUCUACGUGCUCAUGCUCCACACGGGCCUCUUCGGCGGCAGCGGUGGCUACCGGGACCACGACUACGGCGUCGGCGGCGCGGCCGGCGAGCCCAAGGGGGUCACCAGGGUCUGAGGAUUCUGAUCGAUGCAGCUCGUACAUGUGUCAUCAUAUCAGGCGCUGCUGGAGUGUGAUGACGUAAUAAGUAGUACCC